AUGAAGAGUGUCAUAUUCGGCGCCACAUCAUCUCCCUGUACUGCUAUCUACGUAAAGGACAAGAACGCGGAACACUUUCGUUCUCACUACCCCGAGGCGACGGCAGCAAUCAUCGACAACCAUUACGUCGACGACUACCUAGCGAGUUUUGACGACGAAGGAGCGGCCGUACGCAUAUCCACACAAGUUGCGUACAUACACAGCCGCGCGAACUACUUCCUGCAACGUUGGGCAUCUAACUCGCGCCGAGUACUAAGCGCGCUAUCACCGGGGUCGAAAGGCGACAUACUACAACUGGACAGCACGAAAAUACUGGGCAUGGUGUGGCAACCAGAGGAAGACACCCUGUCUUUCAACAUCAACACUCACAAAACACCGGCGGAAGUAUACAACGGGGCAAGAACACCAACUAAAAGGGAGGCGCUACGCACUACGAUGUCCAUAUUUGAUCCAUUGGGCAUCGCCACUCCAGUCACCAUACAAGCGAAGCGCAUCAUACAAGACACGUGGCGCUCAGGCAUCGAUUGGGACACCCCGUUAGAAGCGCCCGAGGCAGACGCCUGGAGCAGAUGGCUGGAAGAUGUACGACGACUCGCCAAGAUAAAAGUACCGCGCUGCUAUAUGAAACUUAGUCACGCGCGUGGGAUCCAGUUACACACAUUCAUGGACGCAAGUUCAACGGCAUACGCUGCCGUCACCUAUUGGCGUGUAGAAGACGAAGAUGGCAACAUACACGUCUCACUCAUCAUCGGCAAGGGGAAAGUAGCUCCGUUGAAGGUGAUCUCCAUACCACGACUAGAGCUGCAAGCUGCCGUGCUGGGUUGCCGUCUUACACAGACCGUCGUCGACGAGCAUCAAUUUAAACCGACAAGCCGCUACUACUGGACAGAUUCCCGCACGGUACUGACCUGGAUACGCAACGGACCGCGAGUUUAUAAACCGUUCGUAGCGCAUAGAGUGGCGGAGAUCGCUGAACACACUAAAACGAAAGAAUGGAGAUGGAUACCCACCAAAAUGAACGUCGCAGACGACGCCACCCGCGACGUGCCACACGACUUCGACUCUAAUCAUCGAUGGUACAGGGGGCCGGACUUUCUAUAUAUGUCGGAAGAAAAUUGGCCUCAAGAGGAAGUCACGGACGUCAACGUCACGGAUGAAGAACGGGUCCACCUCACCACAGGCGUCGGCGCGCGACUGAAGGAAGCUCUACCCGAAGUAACUCGUUUCUCAAGUUGGAUACGCCUCAUGCGGACCACAGCGCGCGUACUACAGUUCAUAGACAGGCUGCGGACGCGCACACAACAAUGCGCCGCUUUAAGGAAGAGAACGAGGAAAAAUGCCGACUUUGACCCUACUUGGCGAAAAAAUGAUACAGAAAGCAAGAAGACGAAUACUUCCGAGGCUGCGCGUGGAAAGCAAGUUUUACACAAAUUUAAAACGAUCGACGCAUCAUAUCUACGCCACGCCGAGUCGCUGUGGAUACGAACACAACAGGAAGAGGCGUUCACCGAGGAAAUCAACGCCCUCAUGAGGGGGACCCCCUUUCCCCCCUCUAGCCGCCUUAUGAAAUUAUCAACGCUACUCGACGGCGAGGGCAUAAUACGACUACGAUCGCGUAUAGCGGCCGCGGGUGAUAUGAGCAACAACGGUCACCAGCCGUGCUUGAUGGAGACUACCCGUGGGUGCGACUGUAUAUCGCCUGGAUACACAAACAGACGCACCACGGAGGCUUCGGCAUCACCACCAGCGAGGUACGCCAGCACUACUGGCUCCUACGACUACGCAACGCUGUGCGAAGCGAACUGA